AUAUUUCCCUAAAAAAAAAAAGUUAUUUUCGCUCUAAAGCAUUUACAAUACGCACAAAAAAAAGUCGAAAUAAGCACCGAACACAGAAUCCAAAAUCAAAUCAGAACAACACUUAAAGCGAUGGUGUACUCAUUUACCUCUGACUACUCUGAGGGCUGUCACCCCUCCAUCCUCAAGGCCCUAUCCGAAAUAAAUUACGAGCAGAAUCCAGGGUAUGGCGUCGAUAAGCACAACGUGGAGGCAACUGAAAUGAUUCGGGAGAUUAUUCAGCAGCCCAACGCGGAUGUACAUUUUGUUAUUGGUGGAACCAUGGCCAACAGCAUCGCCAUUGAUCUCGCGCUGCGUCCAUACCAGUCAGUGAUCAGCGCAACCACAGGCCACAUCAACACAUUGGAGACCGGCAAUCCUGAGCGCUUUGGGCAUAAGAUCCUCGCCACGGAAACUGUGAACGGAAAGUUAACACCUGAGCUGAUUGACAACAUCGUAAAGAGUAAUGUAUCUAUUCAUAUGACAGCGCCAAAACUGGUGUACAUUACCAAUACAACGGAAGUCGGCACCAUCUACACAAAGGAUGAACUCACCGAGGUGUCUCUCUUCUGUCGUCAAAAGGACCUGUACCUGUUUAUGGAUGGUGCACGCAUAUGUUGUGCAUUAUCAACAUCCGGCAACGACCUCACCUUGCCUGAGAUCGCAAGGAUGGUUGACGCGUUCACGAUUGGGCUGUGCAAGAACGGUGCCCUAUUUGGAGAAGCCCUUGUGAUUAUACACGAUGAUCUCAAGCCUGGUGCCCGGCACCUUAUAAAACAGCACGGUGGGCUCCUAUCUAAGGGAUGGUUGAUAGGUAUGCAGUUUAAACUCCUGCUACGCGAUAAUCUCUACCUCGAGCUUGCCAAACACGCGAACGACACCGCAAUGAUCCUGAAGCGUGGUAUACAGUCGUGUGGAUACACCUUCAUGAUGGACUCGGUGACAAACAUCCAGUUCCCUAUAUUUCCCCCGCAUGUCGUCAAACAUUUGGACGAGCACUUCUCAUUUUAUGUUGAAAAGGUGCUUCCACAUGGCGAAAUAGUUAUAAGGUUAUGCACGUCGUGGGCCACAAAAGAGGAAGCAUGUGUUCACUUUAUUGAGAUACUCCGAAAGAUUACUGAAAAAAAUUAAACGUAAUCUAAAUUGCAUUAAAAAGUGGUGAACACCAUAAAAAGGGAACGAGCCACGAGUGAAUUAAUCUCAUGGCACUACUAUAUUUCUAAAACUGUCAGCCUAAUUUUAAAUUGAAUGAUUGAAUCCCCUUAGAGCAUAUAAAAGAUAUCAUUGGGACACUAUUAGGAUUUUAUAUAUAUAUAUUCCAGCAUACUAUACCAUUGUUAUAAACAAAAUAUUACUAAAAUUUAUGCAUAAACAAAUCUUGUAUUAAAAUUUUCCAAUAUUUUCUAAAAGGAAAAUCCUCUGAUAUGUAGGUUUCUCUUCAUAUGUACUGGUAAUUUAAGGAUUCUGAUUGUUUUAGAU